UGUUGAAGCGAUAUGUACAAAGUCGCAGGAUUAGUUAGUCUAAAUUAUUAAUCACAUAUCUCCGACAUUGAUCAGAUAACAUUUGUUAUUAAAAACAUAUAUAUAUAUCCGAGGGGUUAGUGCAUUCGCUGCAGUAUAUACAGAAACAUAGUGUGUAAAAAAAAUUGUGUAUAAGUGCAAUAAUUACUAAGAUAUGUACGGGAAGUUCCUGCUGCUCGCACUCCUGGCUGUCUGCCAGGGGAACGUCAUAAAGAAUUCAGAACCAUUUGAAGAGUGCUCUGAAUGUCCUCUGGAUAAGCAUUACCUGCUGCCCCACGAGUAUGACUGCACAAAGUUCUACUACUGCGAGUAUGGUGUGAGAUGGACAACCCCGAGAGACUGCGCUCCGGGAACUGAGUUCUCAUUUGAAUUGCAAGUAUGCAUACAUCCAUCUAUAGCAAACUGUGGUUUACCAGGCCCGUCAACUACCACUAGUAGUAGUACCACAACUAGUACCACACCUAGUACCACUACCACAACUGAAGAUCCAUGUGAAACAGAAGCACCAUGCGAUGAGGACGGAAGACUACCGAACGGCUGUCCCGUGUGUCCCGACGUACACCUGCUCCUGCCUGCUGAAGACUGCGGCCAGUUCUACUACUGCGCACACGGAGACAAAGUGAUAACAGAUUGCCCAGCCGGACUUCACUUCAAUCCCGUCUUACAGGUUUGUGACUGGCCACAAGUGGCCGGAUGUGAACCGACCAGCCCACCCUGCACUCCAGAAAGUGGUAGUAAUUGCGGAGAAAGCACUACUACUACUACAACCAGUACCACCUCUAGUACCACUACCAGUACCAGUACCACACCUAGUACCACUACCACAACUGAAGAGCCAUGUGAAACAGAAGCACCGUGCGAUGAGGACGCAAGACUACCGAACGGCUGCCCCGUAUGUCCCGACGUACACCUGCUCCUGCCUGCUGAAGACUGCAGCCAGUUCUACUACUGCGCACACGGAGACAAAGUGAUAACAGAUUGCCCAGCCGGACUUCACUUCAAUCCCGUUUUGCAGGUUUGUGACUGGCCACAAGUCGCCGGAUGUGAACCAACCAUUCCGCCCUGCACUCCAGAAAGUGGUAGUAAUUGCGGUGAAAGCACUACUACUACUACAACUGGUACCACUCCUAGCACCACUACCACAACUAGUACCACACCUAGUACCACUACCACAACUGAAGAGCCAUGUGAAACAGACCCACCGUGCGAUGAGGACGCAAGACUACCGAACGGCUGCCCCGUGUGUCCCGACGUACACCUGCUCCUGCCUGCUGAAGACUGCGGCCAGUUCUACUACUGCGCACACGGAGACAAAGUGAUAACAGAUUGUCCAGCCGGACUUCACUUCAAUCCUGUCCUACAGGUUUGUGACUGGCCACAAGUGGCCGGAUGUGAACCGACCAGCCCACCCUGCACUCCAGAAAGUGAUAAUAAUUGCGGUGAAAGCACUACUACUACAACCACAACCAGUACCACACCUAGUACCACUACCAGUACCAGUACCACACCUAGUACCACUACCACAACUAGUACCACACCUAGUACCACUACUACAACUGAAGAGCCAUGUGAAACAGAAGCGCCGUGCGAUGAGGACGGAAGAUUACCAAACGGCUGUCCCGUAUGUCCCGACGUACACCUGCUCCUGCCUGCUGAAGACUGCGGCCAGUUCUACUACUGCGUACACGGAGACAAAGUGAUAACAGAUUGCCCAGCUGGACUUCACUUCAAUCCUGUCCUACAGGUUUGUGACUGGCCACAAGUGGCCGGAUGUGAACCGACCAGUCCACCCUGCACUCCAGAAAGUGGUAAUAAUUGCGGUGAAAACACUACUACUACAACCACAACCAGUACCACCCCUAGUACCACUACCACAACUAGUACCACACCUAGUACCACUACCACAACUGAAGAACCAUGUGAAACAGACCCACCCACUACUACUACUACAACCACAACCACACCUAGUACUACUACUACAGCCAGUACCACUACCACAAGCAGUACAACUCCCAGUACGACUACUACUACUAGUACCACACCGAGUACCACUACCAGUACCAGUACCACACCUAGUACCACUACUACAACUGAAGAGCCAUGUGAAACAGAAGCACCGUGCGAUGAGGACGGAAGAUUACCGAACGGCUGUCCCGUAUGUCCCGACGUACACCUGCUCCUGCCUGCUGAAGACUGCGGCCAGUUCUACUACUGCGUACACGGAGACAAAGUGAUAACAGAUUGCCCAGCUGGACUUCACUUCAAUCCUGUCCUACAGGUUUGUGACUGGCCACAAGUGACCGGAUGUGAACCGACCAGCCCACCCUGCACUCCAGAAAGUGGUAAUAAUUGCGGUGAAAACACUACUACUACAACCACAACCAGUACCACCCCGAGUACCACUACCACAACUAGUACCACACCUAGUACCACUACCACAACUGAAGAUCCAUGUGAAACAGAAGAACCGUGUGAUGAGGAUGCAAGACUACCGAACGGCUGCCCCGUAUGUCCCGACGUACACCUGCUCCUGCCUGCUGAAGACUGCGGCCAGUUCUACUACUGCGUACACGGAGACAAAGUGAUAACAGAUUGCCCAGCCGGACUUCACUUCAAUCCUGUCCUACAGGUGACAUAUUUCUCAAUUUCAUAG